AUGACUUUGAGGGUAAAUAAUGAGAAGAUCACUCUAAAUGUCUUCCAGGAAAUACAGCAUACUGUUGAAGAGAAAAGCUGCAUGAGGGUUGAAGAAGAAGAUUUACAUUGGAAAGAAAAACCCAAUGAAGCACUAAUCAGCUCACCUUCAAAGCAAAAGACAAACAAUGGAGAAGAACAAAAGGAAAAGGAAGAUGUAAAGAAUGAGAAGAGAAGGCAGGAAGAAAGUGAGGAGUUGAUCAUAAGGAAGACAGACCCUGAUAUAAAGCCUGUUGUAAAGACAGAAGAGCCACCAAAGAAAGGAAAGAAGAGCAAGAAAAGGAUUCCAAAAGGAUGA